AAUUCACUCGUCACUGAAAGCUCAAUGCAAAGACGUAUAGUAUAAAAUAACCAUAAAAAUUUGCAAAAUAUAUCAUUUAACUGCAACGAGUUCAUUAAAGAAAAUCAACAAAGUUAAAUAUUAACAAAUCUAAAAAAUGGGCUGCAAAGGAUGCAAUAAAAACUGCCAAUGUUCUACCACCAGAUGUGGCGACAAUUGCGCUUGCACCAAGGACUGUCAAUGUGUUUGUAAAAAUGGACCCAAAGAGAAAUGUUGCGAAAAUUAAAACUGAAAAUUCGUGGAUUUAUAAUAAAAAUUAAAAUUUUUUUUGUUAAUAUUUAAAAAUGUAAAAAUUUAUAAUAAUAUUUAAAUAAAAACAUUAAAUGUAAAUCCGUA